AUGGAUUAUGGUCAUGAACGACUUAUCAGUCAUGGCCCACCACUUCGCAGACAUCCUACCUGGCGUCUUGUCGUGAUCAUCAACACCAUGUUCGUCGGCCUGGUCCUUCUGGUGUAUAUUGUGCUUCUCAUAUGGAUAUACAACAACCUGCAUGUGAGACACGGCGUAGCAGAAGUGUUCAGUGGGACUUGUCCCCAGGGCUCAAGGACAGCAGCAUAUACACACUUUGCCACAAAUGCUUUUGCGGUUUUGCUUUUCGCUGUGGGUACACACGCUUCUCAGAUACUCCUUUCGCCAACCAGAGCUGAGGUUGAGAACGCCCAUGCGCGGGAUCGAUGGCUACAUAUAGGCGUAGGAGGGUUGAGGAAUAUGAAGUGGAUUCAUAAGCGCAGACUGAUCAAAGCAGUUGUGCUGUUGGCGACCUCUAUCUUGCUAACUUUACUCCACAACUCCAUGAUUUUCACAACCUUAGCAACAACAGAUACAGCAGCAGCGCUUGUGACUGAGGAUUACCUCACUGGAUCUCGACUAGAUGGAGCCACGGAGCAGUCCAUAUUCCAGGCCAAGGCGAAGCAUUGCCGUAACAUCUCAAAGUCUUCUCAAGCAGCGCUCACGACAAUCGACUUCGAGAUUCUGCUUCAACAAAUGCGAGUUAACUUGACAGAUCUGAAACGCUUAUCACCCGAGGAAUGCCGCAGCGCAUACUCAUCCUUGGAAGUACCAUCUAGGUUCUCGAACGUCCUGCUAGUCACUUCAUCUAAUGCCAGCAACACAUUGGACGGCUUCGUUGACGGCGACCUGUUAUAUCCAGAGCUCGCUGUCGAAUCCGAAUCUGAAGGUACUCAGAGUAUGCGAAUUAUCAAUUGGUUCGACGGUGACGGCAUUACCCCUGUAUUUCACAAUCAUUGUGUUGGCACAGUCUUCGAUUUCGGCAACGGUGAUACCUGGAAUAUUCCUGUGUGGGACUACUACUGUACGGUAAUGUCUUAUCCCAUCAGCUACUGUUUGGCUCAGAGAUUCGAGUUUGAUUGCGGUGUGGCACUCAAUACCCGAGUCUUUACUGGUAUCAUUGUUUGCUUGAUUGUGCAAGUUGGAUGUUUGACUAGUCUGGUAUUCUCACGCGGUUUUCUGCCUCUAGCGACCGUCGGAGAUGCUGUCGCCAGCUUCCUGAGGCAUCCGGAAUCUUUGGUUCCAAGAUCUGUCCAGCUUUCCAUUCCCGCGGUACAUUCGCCAACAAGCACAUUUGACAAGUUCGGCUUCCGGCGAUCUGAAAAAGAUAUCGCUAUAUGGAAGCACAAAUGGCCAGUCUGGCGGGCAGCUGUCGACACUGAAGCUUGUGCUUUGUUCAUCAAUAUCCUCUUCCUGGGUUUCUUCGCCAUCGCAAGCGCCGUACUCAUCAUCUACAACAACGGCGUUUUAUCAGAUUAUCAAUCACUCACACUUCACACGCCCACGUCGACUCACGGACUGCUUGCCAAUCUGUUCAGUCUCGGCACCAUACAUCUCCCCAUCUCAGUGACAUAUCUAUUCUACAACCAUCUAUGGUCACGCAUGCUCGUCGCUUCUGAGCUGAACCAAUUUUCCAAAACGCCUGCAACACUACGAGUGACUAUACCUACACAAGGCGCUCUGAAUACUUCCUAUCUCGCCGUCAAACCACACUUUAUCGCCAUACUUCUCGCCGCACUGACUUUCUGCCAUUUUCUCACCACACAAGCGUUUAAUGUGGUAGCUAUACAGAAUUAUGAUGUCCUGGGACACUACUCACAUCAGCGUAUCAUUUACGGUAUCUCGACCUCUUCUGCUAUAUUGGCUUUAGCACUUGGCUUUGUCAUGUUGUGUGUUUCGGCUUUUGCGAUGGAGAGAAAACUCGAUGCGAGU